AAGGACCAGGAAGGCGUGGAGCGGUGAGUCAGCGCGUUGUGCUGGGCUGUGCUUCUCUUCUGUCUGCUGAUUUCCUGGGUUACUUUGGGUCUUCGUUUUCUUUCUCCCUUUUACCCUGUCUCCUUUCUUGAGGCUGAUCGAUCACAGCCAGGCCUCUUCAUUCUAUUUACCCAGCGUUUUCCUUCUCUCCAGUUAGUGGGGUAGAUGAACGCCCUGUGUUUAUAAGGUGCCUCCCAGUUGAGCCUGAGACCUGGGAGAAGAAUGGGGAGUGGAGGUGGGGGAGACUCGUCACGAAGGGAGACCUUGGAGCUUCGAGGUUGGGAAUGUUCUUAUUAGAUUCUUCAUCUCUGUUGACACAAACAUGUAGGAGAAGCUGGAGAACAUAGACAGGGAUGAGGUUUUAUUUAUUUAUUGUUCCUGGUCACUGUCUCUUUGAGGACUGGUUUCUCUGCUCCAGACAAGAUGGCGGCCUCUUUCUUCUCUGAUUUUGGUCUUAUGUGGUAUCUGGAGGAGCUCAAAAAGGAGGAGUUCAGGAAAUUUAAAGAACAUCUCAAGCAAAUGACUUUGCAUCUUGAACUCAAGCAGAUUCCCUGGACUGAGGUCAAAAAAGCAUCCCGGGAAGAACUUGCAAACCUCUUGAUCAAGCACUAUGAAGAACAACAAGCUUGGAACAUAACCUUAAGAAUCUUUCAAAAGAUGGAUAGAAAGGAUCUCUGCAUGAAGGUCAUGAGGGAGAGAACAGGAUACACAAAGACCUAUCAAGCUCACGCAAAGCAGAAAUUCAGCCACUUAUGGUCCAGCAAGUCUGUCACUGAGAUUCACCUGUACUUUGAGGAGGAAGUCAAGCAAGAAGAAUGUGACCAUUUGGACCGCCUUUUUGCUCCCAAGGAAACUGGGAAACAGCCACGUACAGUGGUCAUUCAAGGACCGCAAGGAAUUGGAAAAACGACACUCCUGAUGAAGCUGAUGAUGGCCUGGUCGGACAACAAGAUUUUUCGGGAUAAGUUCCUGUACACAUUCUAUUUCUGCUGCAGAGAACUGAGGGAGUUGGCGCCAAUGAGUUUGGCUGACUUGAUUUCCAGAGAGUGGCCUGACCCCGCUGCUCCUAUAACAGAGAUCGUGUCUCAACCGGAGAGACUCUUGUUCGUCAUCGACAGCUUCGAAGAGCUGAAGGGCGGCUUGAAUGAACCCGAUUCGGAUCUGUGUGGCGACUUGAUGGAGAAACGGCCGGUGCAGGUGCUUCUGAGCAGUUUGCUGAGGAGGAAGAUGCUCCCGGAGGCCUCCUUGCUCAUCGCCGUCAAACCCGUGUGCCCGAAGGAGCUCCGGGAUCAGGUGACGAUCUCAGAAAUCUACCAGCCCCGGGGAUUCAACGAGAGUGAUAGGUUAGUGUAUUUCUGCUGUUUCUUCAAAGACCCGAAAAGAGCCAUGGAAGCCUUCAAUCUUGUAAGAGAAAGUGAACAGCUGUUUUCCAUAUGCCAAAUCCCGCUCCUCUGCUGGAUCCUGUGUACCAGUCUGAAGCAAGAGAUGCAGAAAGGAAAAGACCUGGCCCUGACCUGCCAGAGCACUACCUCUGUAUACUCCUCUUUCGUCUUUAACCUGUUCACACACGAGGGUGCCGAGGGCCCGACUCCGCAAAGCCAGCACCAGCUGAAGGCCCUGUGCUCCCUGGCUGCGGAGGGCAUGUGGACAGACACAUUUGAGUUUUGUGAAGACGACCUCCGGAGAAAUGGGGUUAUUGAUGCUGACAUCCCUGUGCUGCUGGGCACCAAGAUACUUCUGAAGUACGGGGAGCGUGAGAGCUCCUACGUGUUCCUCCACGUGUGUAUCCAGGAGUUCUGUGCCGCCUUGUUCUAUUUGCUCAAGAGCCACCUUGAUCAUCCUCACCCAGCUGUGAGAUGUGUACAGGAAUUGCUAGUUGCCAAUUUUGAAAAAGCAAGGAGAGCACAUUGGAUUUUUUUGGGGUGUUUUCUAACUGGCCUUUUAAAUAAAAAGGAACAAGAAAAACUGGACGCGUUUUUUGGCUUCCAACUGUCCCAAGAGAUAAAGCAGCAAUUUCACCAGUGCCUGAAGAGCUUAGGGGAGCGUGGCCAACCACAGGGACAGGUGGAUUCCUUGGCGAUAUUUUACUGUCUCUUUGAAAUGCAGGAUCCUGCCUUUGUGAAGCAGGCAGUGAACCUCCUCCAAGAAGCUAAAUUUCAUAUUAUUGACAACGCGGACUUGGUGGUUUCUGCCUACUGCUUAAAAUACUGCUCCAGCUUGAGGAAACUCUGUUUUUCCGUUCAAAAUGUCUUUGAGAAAGAGGAUGAACACAGCUCUACGUCGGAUUACAGCCUCAUCUGUUGGCAUCACAUCUGCUCUGUGCUCACUACCAGCGGGCACCUCAGAGAGCUCCAGGUACAGGACAGCACCCUCAGCGAAUCGACCUUUGUGACCUGGUGUAACCAGCUGAGGCAUCCCAGCUGUCGCCUUCAGAAGCUUGGAAUAAAUAACGUUUCCUUUUCUGGCCAGAGUGCUCUGCUCUUUGAGGUGCUCUUUUAUCAGCCAGACUUGAAAUACCUGAGCUUCACCCUCACGAAACUCUCUCGUGAUGACAUCAGGUGCCUCUGUGAUGCCUUGAACUACCCGGCGGGCAACGUAAAAGAGCUAGGGCUGGUAAAUUGUCACCUCUCACCCAUUGAUUGUGAAGUCCUUGCCGGCCUUCUAACCAACAACAAGAAGCUGACGUAUCUGAAUGUAUCCUGCAACCAGUUAGACACAGGCGUGCCCCUUUUGUGUGAAGCCCUGUGCAGCCCAGACACGGUCCUGGUGUACCUGAUGUUGGCUUUCUGUCACCUCAGUGAGCAAUGCUGCGAAUACAUCUCUGAAAUGCUUCUGCGUAACAAGAGCGUGCGCUAUCUAGACCUCGGCGCCAAUGUCCUGAAGGACGAAGGACUGAAAACUCUCUGCGAGGCCUUGAAACGCCCGGACUGCUGCCUGGAUUCGCUGUGUUUGGUAAAAUGUUUUAUCACUGCUGCCGGCUGUGAAGACCUCGCCUCUGCUCUCAUCAACAAUCAAAACCUGAAGAUUCUGCAAAUUGGGUGCAAUGAAAUCGGAGAUGUGGGCGUGCAGCUGUUGUGUCGGGCUCUGACGCAUCCGGAUUGCCGCUUAGAGAUUCUUGGGUUGGAAGAAUGUGGGUUAACGAGCGCCUGCUGUAAGGAUCUCGCGUCUGUUCUUACCUGCAGUAAGAACCUGCAGCAGCUCAACCUGACCUUGAACGCCUUGGACCACACAGGGGUGGUUGCGCUCUGUGAGGCCCUGAGACACCCAGAGUGUGCCCUGCAGGUGCUCGGGCUGAGAAAAACUGAUUUUGAUGAGGAAACCCAGGCACUUCUGACGGCUGAGGAAGAGAGAAAUCCUAACCUGACCAUCACAGACGACUGUGACACAAUCACAAGGGUAGAAAUCUGAUUGCGAGGAACCUGGGCUCUGACUCAAACACCUGCAAAGGACAGGGACUGGGACCGUUACUUAUAUGACACUGCACCCAGGAGAUACAAAUCAUUGACACUCGGAGUUGCGAGAUUUCUAGCACCCCAUUCAUAGAUUUUAUAUGAUAUAUGUGGUUUUUAUGUGUUCUGUGGCCUUGGACAAGCCACUGAAAGGCCUUCAUGGUCUCUCGGUCUCACAGGGACCUCUUAACCCCUCAAUAAAGUGUUAUAUUUCUAAACAUUGGAAA